AUGAAUAAACUCUUAUGCAACCAUUUCGGAAAUUAUUCUCUUAAGCAAAUAACACCGUGGGUAAUGCUUGUAUUAUCAUCAAUCCUUUUGAUCAUUGUUUCCCCUCUUUCUUUGAUGAAUCAAACAAAAGUUGGUGAUUGGACAGAACAAAAGUCAAUUGAUAGAAUGUUUUUUGGAUUAAACAAGGUAGGGUGUUUGGAUAAUUUAACAAGAAAUUUCCAACUUGCAAAUAAAACUAUUGAUAUCGCAAUUUCAGCUCCUGAUGAUGAUUUUUCGUAUUCCCAACUAUUUGCAAAUCUUAGCUCUUUGAAACCAGCUGUUAAAAUCCGUAUUUAUACAGAUAUGCCUAAAUCAUCAAUUCCAUCAAACUUAAAUUAUAUUCCAUUCAAUCAUUCAGGGUACAAAUUCAAAGCAAAUUUCUUUAUAAUAGAUUCCAGUCAUGUCUACUUUUUCGGCGGAUACAGUUUCCCAAAAGAAACGAGUAAUAAAGAGGGUGCUUUUUGUUAUCUAUACGAAGUUGAGAAUCAUAUACUUCUUACCAAGGAUAUGGAGUCAAUUUUCAAUUUCCUUACCUUAAAUAAAGAACAUUUUACAAAUAAAGUCAUCCAACGCAGAUAUCUGACUAACAUGGAUAACUCUUCGAAAUACAAACUGUUAUUACAGCCAUUUGAUAUAUUCCCACUUGGAAGAAACAAUUUUAGCGAAGCAUUUUCAGAUAUUGCAUUUACAAACAAAGAAAGAGCAAUUAUAACAGGUUCAUUGCUACAAGAUAACUACGAUUCAUUUGAUCAUGCCAGAAAAGCUGCAAUAGUUUUUGCUCUUUUAGAACAAACUCAUAAUAAUGAUCGCAUUACGAGAUUGGUCAUCACUAGCCAAGAAUAUGAAAAAUAUGAGAAGUAUUAUUCAAAUAUGAGCACUGAACUUGCAAGAUUAAAGUAUUAUUAUUGUAAUUUACCAAUUGGCUGGACAACAAUACAAAGCGUGUUCAGUUUUGCAUAUCUUCCUAUGAAUUUGGUUGAUAUUUUCGAUCCGAAGGUAAUUUCUGUUGGAAUUGAAGGAAAACUUAAUUUUUUAAGCACUUUUUACGGUUUGCAUGCUGAUUUAGAAAACAUCUGCAAACAAUUCAAGAAAGAAUGA